ACCAAAAUCGCACAAAAAUUACCAGAGGAUCUUGAAAAUCAACUACUUAACUUUCAGCGGUUUGUUAUCCGCCUUCGUCAAAAAAACGAUUACCCUCUUGAAAUGAUUGCAAACAUAGACAAGACACCGGUUUAUUUUGAUAUGGUAGGUGCCAUGACCGUGAACACCAAAG